AUGGCUGAAGCUGACAUCAUGCCAAAGUCUAUCCAUCAUGCCAAAAUCUGGUCAGAUGAUGUGGAGAACCUGUACAGAUUUCAGCAAGCUGGAUACAGAGAUGAGGUGGAAUAUAAGCAAGUGAAACAAGUGGAUGUGGUGGAGUGUUGGCCAGAAACUGGAUUCGUUAAGAAGCUUCAGAGAAGGGACAACACCUUCUAUUAUUACAACAAGCAAAGGGAAUGUGAAGACAAAGACGUCCAUAAAGUGAAGGUUUAUGUGUAUUAG